AUGGCCCCGAAGAAGCGUGCUGCAACACCAGAAACACCCCCAAACACGACGGUCUCAAGCUCAGAAUCUCUAAAAGAAGCAGAACUUGCAGACAAGAUUCGGAAGAACAUGAAAGAGAUUGAGGAUCUGGAGGCUGAGCUUGCGGAGGAGAAGGCCCGCCGCCUCCAAGAAAGUGUGAAGAAGAACAAAAAAUGCGAUGAGCACUUCACAAGCCCCGACUUGGGCAAAGGCCAACGCUAUCUCAUUGACCGCGUCAGGGACAUGCUGAAGGAAAUGAAUGCGCUGUAUUCGAAGGAAUUGCCCGAUUCGAUCUCACUCUACCGCGGAAUUCACAACACGUUGUUGGCGCUCACAGGACCGCAGUUGGACCUUCCUUUUGACGACUUCACCAUGGAGGAGAUUAAUACUCUGGACUUGCUCAAGGGAAUUAUCCAGGGGGACAUGAGACAUCUCACCCACCUCCGUGCGUCACUAGGCAGCAUCGGCAACUUCUUCCCCGAAAGGCUUGCCGCAAUGGCUGGAAAGGUUGAGGAGUUAGAAGACGAAUGA